AUGAUAAAAAUGAUGCCCUUUUUCAACAACAGUCCUUUUGGGACGGGUAAGAUUUCUAAGGACUGCGUCACUGGAGUAAAGCCAUCUGGAAAACCUUCUACAUCAUCAGAAUCCGAGCCAGAUAUUGUAUCUAUUGAAUCAGCUGUGGAAGAGACCCAGCCAAAAGAUCAGAUGAAAACUGAAAGCCAAGGACAAGAUUCUGCUCUUGGAGACUCACAUGCACCUUCCACUGAAGCCAAUGGGAGCUGUUCUCAUUCAUCUGAAUGCAGAGAUAGUCCCAAAAGGAAAAAGGGGGGAAUAAAGGAAAAACUAAAAGAUGCCUUUUCCAAUUUUUGGGGUGGUCAGAAGAUAGCGAAUCUAACAGAAAAGGAUGGAGCAGUGACAGACAACAAACCACUGACAGCUGAACAAAUCAGAGAGCACCUUGAAAGUGACCAAUUCUUCAAUGCCAAUCAACAGCUGAUUGCUCUGGAGUGGGCCCUCUACAACAACAUAGGUGACAAGAGUGAAGAGGAAUUGUCAAGGGAGCAAAGCAAAGUGGAAUCACUCUAUGAACUACUGAAGAGUAAAGUCUUCAGCAUCAUAAAGAAUUCGAUAAUCCUAGCGCCAGCUAAUCCAAAAUUACUACGGCAUGCCGUGUACGCAAUAGAAGAGCAGGAGGUGGCAGAUGAGAAAUACAAGUCAGAGAAGCCAUCUGACAAGAUCGUGAGUUACAGACCCAGAAAAUGGAAGGAGGUUUGGAUGGAUGCAGUGAAGCAGUCUGUAGCUGAUCGUAUGAAAGACAUCCAGCGCACUAGCUCUGCUGAGAACCUGCCUACAACUGCUCUUUGCUUUCUGCACAUGGGAAGGACAAUGAAAGAGGAUAUGAUAACAGUGGUGGAAUGCAUUAAACAACAUUACCAUGCGCAGUUUAACGUGUGCAGCACAUAUGCAGAAUGUUACCAUAGCUAUUUCUCUUCUCAGCUGCAGCUGAUUGCCGAGUUUGAACUGGGAGAUAAGGACGUAUAUCUCCUCCUCACCUGGGUGCAGAACCUUUAUCCAAAUGACAUAAGAAAAAAUUCCAUUUUAGUGAAAGAGUUGGAUGAAGCCAAACUGGGGAGCCUUUUGCCACCCAAAAUGAUCAAACAGCUUGAAGUUAAAUACCUGUAUAAUGAAGCGGCUUCUGUCAAGAACUGGCUGGCCAAGAGUUUAGAAAUGGAAGUACAGAGGUGGACAGAAGAGAGAGAACCGGAAAAACUGGAUGGACAUUUUCAUAGUGAAUUAGCCAUAGAUGUCAUCCAGACUAUUCAUGGAGGACAAAGGCGAGCUGCAGAAAUUACACCGGAACUGGGCAAACAACUGUCCAUUGUACUGUUGGUGGAGCUGUCAACAUUUUUGAAAAGCUACCAGAAGGCCUUAGAAGAAUUUAAAGAGAAAAACAAGCAGCACAGCUAUUUCAAGGCUAUGAUCAUUGCAAAUAUUAACAACGGCAUGAAUUUUAGAGACCACACGGAGAAGACCACACCAUCAGCACAAGACAGCACGAGAUUAAAAAUACUUGGUACACUUAGUGAAAUAGAGAACAUUGGCUAUGAUGUACUGCUUCAAGACUUGUUUCUGGAGUUAAAGCCUAUUUUUAGAAAGUUCACACAAAGUAAAUGGCUUUCGUGCGAUGAAACGAUGGAUGAAAUCAUUCAGGCCACCAGCAACCACCUUUCAGAAUUCAAGACUCUCCGCGACCCCUUUUACCAGGGCAUUAUGGAGAAGAUUCAUGGUCACUUGGUGAGAGAAUACAUUGUGAGGCUAAUGAAGAAGAAAGUCAGUUUGAAAACCCCAGAGCUACAGCAAAACUUGUCAAAUCUCAUUUCAGCUCACGCCUCCCACUUGCAAAGCUUCUGCAAAGAGAAGGGGUCCAAGGCCACAUGGUUGGAUUCUGCACUCCCAAACCUGGCUGAAAUAAUCAGACUUCAGGAUUCAAAUAGCAUUAAAAUAGAAGUUGCUACACUUGCUAAUACAUACCCAGAUAUCAGCAAAAAGCACCUUGCUGCCAUCUUGUACAUCAAGGGAAACUUGCCGAGCAGUGAAGUAAGAAGCAUCCUGAACAUCCUGGAUGUCAGCACAAAGUCCACCACUUCCUGUGAAUCCCUGUUCUCAGCUAUAAAGAUUUCCUAG